ACGAGGCUUGUCAAACACCGAGAACUCGGUGACCAGACCUUUUGUGAUGUCUCGUGCACAAAACUAUCGAAGAUCUUGAAGUCGGUUUCAACAAGGCGCUUUUUGUGGCUUUUCGAGCUUCGUAUCUCGUAUCUUUGGUAGACCCGCCAUCAUCUCGCGUAUUGGCGUAUGGAACAUGGGCGUUGGCAAAUCUCACUGGGGUCCGGAAACCCCUGAGCAUCAACUCACUGUUCAAUGACCACACAAAUUUCCCACACGACGGCGUUGGACAUCAGUACAAAUUCGUCUUUCCAAAAGGCAAUGUCGGAUGCCGAGAGUCCUGUCACUUUUCGCGCCGCAACGCUAGAAGAGGACGAUGUGCUUUCAAGGAUACUCUGCAAUGCAUUUCUGCCACUCUGGAAUCACAACUGGUUCCAUUGCGUCUCGGAACCCCUCAAACCGGUCACGAUCGGACGUGUCAAUGGGGAGGCUCCGCAGAUGAGCAAGUUGCAGACGUCUCGGGUCAAGUUUUAUCGAAGCUUGAUAAGGCUGACGAGGUUGAUCGGCGGAUCUGUACUGGUUGCUGAAGUCUCAUCAUCUGGCACUGCGGAAUCUGUCGAUAAGGACUUUGGAGCGAUCCUUCUCUGGCUUCCUCCUUUCAAAAGGCUCAGCGACAUCGAUAUCAUCACAAUGUGGAGAUCAGGCAUGCUCAGCUUAAUGCCCCCCUGGCACUAUGGCGUCAAAGGAUUUUAUCGUGUCAUGAUGGUCUUCGAAUCAAACGUCCACUCAAUGUUCUCGAAAACAUUGCCAAAACUUCCGCCGAAAGGCUACAAAGAGCAAGAGUGUGGGUUCGUGCAAAUGAUCGCAAGCAACCCGGACUAUGCAGGAAAGGGAUAUGCUUCGAAACUUUUGAAGUAUCAAAUGGAUCAACAUUUCGCGCAACAUCCAGAUAAACCAGUCAUCCUUGAUACAACAACCCACCAGGGUAUUCGGGCGUAUGAAAGACUAGGCUUUAAGCUUCUGGCUGAGACACCAGUCACCACAGACACCGAUGAGAUGGGUAUUCGCCUCAAAAACCCCGUGAGAGAGGAGGUUAGACAACGAAGCAAAGACACCUGCAUUCAGCGAGUCAUGGCGAAGCUUCCUUGACUUCGGCCUUCGCUAGGCAGCUUGCUCCGGUCGUCCAAUAUGAAAAGUUCAACAUCACACCUCUCUCGGACCCGACCCAUCGAAGCUGGGAAUCAAGGGUUCAGCUACCUCCGCGUCGUGUUCCCAUUACAGGUCAAGCAUUCCAGGCCCUUCCUGACCAUCAAUGACCUAGAAGAUCAAUCGCAACACACGAGUUCGUUCCCUCGCCCGCUCCUAAAAGUCUGAAUGACUUGCCAGGACUUGUUCUGUCAAGCGACCAUGCCGCAGUGCAAACACCUACUAUGCCAUCAUCUGAGUCACUCUAUUGAGAGGUGUCUCCGUCACCUAAGCAGCCUGCACCACGCUGUGAAAAUGUGCUUACUGACAAUCUCACCUCGCGUGAGAAAACGUUCUUGUCCCAGCCAUCUUGAAUACUCCGGCGACACCCUUCUCAGGCUGAGAAUUGAGAGAUCCGCAAGUAAGAAGCCUCUAGCGGUUCUCAUCCAGAAAUCUUGCAGCAGGGAAUCGGCUUUCGCGGUCAUGUCUCAUGUCUUCGAUUAGCGACGAUAAUUGUGGCCUGGGAACGCUGC